GUGUAUGUACACGCGGCUAAUAACACGUACAUUGAGUUGUCAUUUUAUUGUAGCUGUAAGAUAGAAGAUUGGAACUUGGAAUGAAGGUGGACAUUCAUACCCACAUCCUACCGAAGACGUGGCCAGAUCUGCAUAAGCGCUAUGGCUAUGGAGGGUUUAUUAGUUUAGAUCACCAUGAGCCUGGCAAGGCUCGAAUGAUGAUAGAUGACAAGCUGUUUCGGAUCAUCGAGGAAAACUGUUGGUCCACCAAGGCACGGAUCAGUGAUAUGGACAGGGAUGGCGUCACAGUACAGGCCCUGUCUACUGUUCCAGUAAUGUUUAAUUACUGGGCAAAACCGGCAGACACACUUGACCUGUGUAGGUUGCUUAAUAAUGAUAUGGCCGAUCAGAUUCGAACGCACCCUGAUAGGUUUGUGGGACUUGGAACUCUGCCGAUGCAGGCACCCCGUCUGGCUGUAGAGGAGUUAAAGCGGAUACAUCAUGACCUUGGUUUUCCGGGUAUUCAGAUUGGCUCGCAUAUAAAUGACUGGGAUUUGAAUGCGCCCGAAUUGGACCCAAUCUAUGCUACUGCCCAAGAUCUGGACUGUGCCAUAUUUGUUCAUCCAUGGGACAUGGAUCAGAGUGGUAGAAUGAAUAAGUACUGGCUACCUUGGUUAGUAGGCAUGCCAGCAGAAACAACAACAUCCGUCGUAUCAAUUCUGUUUGGUGGAGUGCUGGAGCGAUUCCCACGGUUAAAGGUGUGCUUUGCACAUGGUUGUGGCACCUUCCCAUACACUAUAGGUAGGAUAGAACAUGGCUUCAAUGUACGACCUGAUCUGUGUGCUAUUGACAACAGUCAUGGUCCCCGCAACUACAUUGGUCGAAUCUGGAGUGACUCAUUGGUGCACGACAGAGAUGCCCUCCGGCUACUCAUGAAGACACUGGGACAUGAUAGGGUCAUGUUGGGGUCAGACUACCCAUUUCCUCUUGGGGAACACCAGGUGGGGAAACUCAUCGAGAGCAUGCCAGAUAUAAGCCCCCAACUGAAGGAUGAUCUACUAGCAGGAAACUGUUGUCAGUUUCUCGGACUGGAGCGAAGUCGAUUUGAACUUAAAAAAUAAGUGGUCAUUCGAUUUCAAUUAAGGAUAGCGAUAAAAACAUGUUAAGCUGGCUACUUCUUCUGGCCACCUUUUAAUGGAGCAUUACCGGUGAUAUUGGUGAUAUUGUUUGUUGGCGAGGGAGACUACAGGCUGUUAACAUAUCUGUAUAUGUUGUUUUUCAAACUAUGGAUGACUAAAAUAGGAAUUUAUUUUAACUAUAAUUAUUUAUAUUUUAUAAUAAAUAUUUUUUAACUAAUUUUAGAUUUUGUCAAGCUUUAAAAAGUGUCAUGUACAUGAAAUGUAUAUAGUUGGCAUUUGUUGGCCAACAAAUUGGCCAUCUCAACAGAUUGGCCUCAUUUGUUGGCCAAUUUCAUUAAGAAGAUUCAAAUUAAAAUAGGUAGCUAAUCUGCGCUGGAACCCAUAUCAGGUUACCUCCUGAUAUCGAUCAUUUUAUACAAAAACAUUGUGAUUUUUUGUUUUAAUUCAUCUGCAUAUGUCGAUUACAAAAACCUAUGGAAAUUUGUUUGUCUAACAAACACAUUUUAAUAAGAUGGUGCUAUAUCUCAUGUUGUAACCAAAUCGGGUCUCUGUGUACCGUUGGACCUAUGCUCCUGUGCAUUGUUUUUAUCAUGCUUAAUCACAAAAUGCUUUGUGGGCCAAUAAUAUAAAAUAUUGAUGUUAAAGGCAUAAUAAGCCCAUUGAUUAUGCAAUGUU